CCUGCGAGGGCGGGUGGCGCGGCACAGCUCGGCGCGGCACAGCUCAGCUCAGCGCGGCUCGGCCGGCAGCGCCCACGCACCAGCCGCCGGGCACUCGCCUUCACUCCCUCCUCCAGCCCUUCAUCCUCCUCCUUCUGCUCUGGGACUCUCCGCUGGGAUCAGCCCGCUGCUGCUCUUGCCGCCGCCGCCGCUGCUGCUGCUGUUGUUGGCCGGCUCGUCCGCAUCGAGGAUAUUUUGGCUUCCAGAGAGGCAGCGGCGCCUUUUUGUUGUUGUUGUUGUUGUUUUGGGUUGUUUUUUUGUGGACUCUGUGUGUGGUGCCCUUGCUGGUGCCGCCGCCGCCGCCGGGGAGGGACGCCGAGGAGCAAGCGAGGGCCAGAUGAGUGAUUUUGGGAUCAGGAACAUGGACCAAGUAGCUCCUGUGUCUAACAUGUACAGAGGAAUGCUGAAGCGUCAACCAGCAUUUGACACCUUUGACAGCUCAAACUCUCUCUUUGCUGGAUAUUUUUUCUCGCUAAAUGAAGAUCAAACGCUUCAAGAAGUGCCAACAGGAUUUGACUCUACUUCUUAUGAGUCGAACAACUGUGAAUUGCCUCUGUUAACCCCGUGCAGUAAGGCUGUGAUGAGUCAGGCCUUGAAAGAUACUUUCAGUGGUUUCACAAAGGAACAGUGUCGGCUGGGUAUCCCAAAUAAUCCCUGGCUGUGGACUGAGCAGCAAGUUUGCCAGUGGCUUUCAUGGGCUACCAAUGAGUUUAGCUUGGCAAAUGUGAACUUUCAUCAGUUUCUUAUGAGUGGCCAGGAUUUGUGCAAUCUGGGCAAGGAGCGUUUCUUGGAACUGGCACCUGACUUUGUGGGUGAUAUUCUGUGGGAACACCUGGAACAGAUGAUAAAAGACAGCCAAGAGAAAACACAGGAUCAGUAUGUGGAGAACUCUCACAUCACUUCAGUUCCUCACUGGGUCAACAAUAAUUCCCUAACUGUCAAUAUAGAUCAGAACUCCUAUGGUAUGCAAAUGCCUGGAUACCCUAAAGCCUUGGGUUAUUCCAAACCUAGUCUCCUGACUGACGUCUGUCAGACUUCCACAGGACCAAAUCUCCUCAGUCCAGAGCAAGAGUUUUCAUUGUUCCCUAAAACCCAAGCAGAUGCUGUUGGUGUCAACUACUGUGCAGUAAAUCAAGAUUUCCCAAGAAGCAAUCUGAACUUGUUGAUAGAUAAUUCUGGUAAGCUUAGAGAACAUGAAUCUAGUGACAGCGGCGCAGAAAGUUACGAGAGCUCAGAUUCGAUGCUGCAGUCCUGGAACAGUCAGUCGUCACUGGUGGAUUUACAACGUGUGCCAUCCUACGAGAGUUUUGAAGAUGACUGUAGCCAGUCCUUGUGUCUGAGCAAACCUACAAUGUCUUUCAAAGACUAUAUUCAAGAACGAAGUGAUCCUGUAGAGCAAGGGAAACCAGUUAUACCAGCAGCGAUUCUAGCUGGCUUUACUGGCAGUGGACCUAUACAGCUAUGGCAAUUCCUUCUGGAGUUACUGACUGACAAAUCCUGUCAGUCUUUCAUUAGUUGGACUGGAGAUGGAUGGGAAUUUAAACUUGCUGACCCAGAUGAGGUGGCACGGAGGUGGGGGAGGAGGAAAAACAAGCCAAAAAUGAACUAUGAGAAGCUGAGCCGAGGCCUACGCUACUAUUAUGACAAGAACAUCAUCCACAAGACCUCGGGGAAGCGCUACGUGUAUCGCUUCGUGUGCGACCUGCAGAACCUGCUGGGGUACACGGCGGAGGAGCUGCACGCCAUGCUGGGGGUGCAGCCCGACACGGAGGACUGAGCCCCGCGCCAUGGCAGGGGAGCCAAGAGCACCUCUUGGAAUUGUGACCAGGAACUGUCUUCAGGCAGUUCUUCUGGCUCUUCAAAUGGGGGCAACUGUUGGGAAAUAAGGACCUUAAGUGAUUUUUGUAACCAAGGGGAGCCGGAAGGAAGUGGCCUUAUUUCAUCAGUGGCUUCAGAUGUUGCCACGUUGGGCGCUUGAGCAGCGUGGAAGUCAGCACAGACACUGAGCUCUGUCGUGAAGACACAGAAAUGCUCUCGGGUUAAGCUACCUGUACCGCCGUGUAAAGUGUUUUGGCUACUUACACUGCCACGUGAUAAUGGGUUGGCUUUAAAACCAAAGGUUGGAUGAGAAACCAGUGAUGCAGCAGAACUAUUGCUCGGAUGUUUUAAAAUACCAUCGUCCAUGCUCACCUCUUCUAUCAUGUGAUUUAUUUUAAAAGGAAAAAAGAAAAUCCAAACUAAUUUAUUUUGAACGAGCAGUAAGGAGAACCAAUGUUGGUUUUGUUUUAAAGCAUGUUCUGUCAUCAUUAUUAUUACUACUCCAGAAAUGUGCUGCAGAGGUACAUAAACACUCUUGUGUCCAAAACCAGAUGUAGCAACCAUUAACAGGAAGAAAAAAGACCCUUUAAAGAUGGGAAGGAAAAUCAUACCAUUUCAAUAUUCAGUUUGUAUAUAUUCUGUGAUUCUUUUUGCAACUCUGUAAUGUUCCUAUUUAACAGAUACUGUAUAGUGUAAAUUAAACUAAUUGUAUGUGUGUUUUUGAAAUAGGACGAAUGUAAACUUAUCAGAAGUUGAGGGGUUUUUUUCAUGUUUGUCUAGGAUAUACAACCUUCUGCAAAUAUUUAAUUGGCCUGAGAGACAACAUAAGUGCUCAGUAUGCAUGCAUAUGGUAUGCCUAUGAUAUUAAAUGGGGCAGUGGAUGGGGGGGGGGGGGGGGGAGGGUGGGCUAGCCCAGUGUUUUGCCAAGACUGAAGCUGGCAAUUUUUUGUGCAUUUUGGCAUUUUUACAAGAAACUAAUGUUAUAUUCUGGGACAUUAAAGGGCCUGUUUGUGGUUUCUUCUGUAACUGAAAAUGAAAAUAUUAAUAUGGAUAAAAUUACCUUUUUUCCUUUACAAAUGGUAUAUGUUUUUCAACUUCUAUGCAUGGCAUUUUAAAAACAAAAAUUUAUAUACAAGCCUUAUUUUUUCAGUUUACUUGUCUCUUCUUCCUGCGGUUUAUCCUGUAUGAUGAAAAUAUGAAUUCUAUUUUUGGAAAUAACUGUGACUCCUUUUCAAAGAUCAGGAGGGAUUUAUGUAGCAGCUAUUUUUACUGCAAAAAAACAAAAAAAGAAAAAAAUUCACUGGAAAAAAAUGUACUUUGUAAGAAAGCUUUAUUUUUUAUCAGAGCUUGAUGUACAUUUAAGUGUGUUGUACAGUGUCAGAGGUUUAAAAAUAUGAAUCUCCAUUAAAACCUCUUGAACAAGAAAA